CGGACAUCUUUAAACAAUCAAUAUGGCGGCCUCCGCAGUGACAUGGGCUGGUUUAGCCUCCAUUGGUCGUGCUUGUGGACAUAUUCGCUCUAGGUUGCUUGGAUCUUCCUCUACAUUACCACAAGUGUCAUGUCUUCACACAAGCCCAGAGUUAAACAGCAAACACUGGGAAAGGAGAAAUCUGACUGUAUAUCCACCACAACAGAAAGAUGAACCACGCAGACCAGCUGAGAUCCAUCACUGCAGACGUCAGAUCAAAUACAGCAAAGACAAGAUGUGGUACUUGGCUAAAUUGCUCAGAGGUAUGACCAUUGACCAGGCACUCACUCAGCUCGAGUUCAACGACAAGAAGGGAGCUAAAAUAAUCAAAGAGGUUCUUUUGGAAGCUCAGGAAAUGGCGAUCAAGAAUCAUAAUGUGGAAUACAAAUCAAAUCUAUAUAUUGCUGAGUCGUUCUCUGGCAAAGGAAAAUACCUGAAGCGCAUUCGUUAUCAUGGACGUGGCAUGUUCGGCAUCAUGGAUAAAGUGCACUGCCACUACUUUGUAAAGCUGGUUGAGGGGGUGCCGCCCAACGUCGAGCAGAAGACCGGAUUCGACCAGGCCAAGGAGUAUGUGGAGCAACUGAGGAACCGAACAAUUAUUCACUCACUGUAGUGUAAAAUUAACAUUGUUAUUGUGUUCAUGUAAAUAAUAAUUGAAGAAUAAAGAAAUCAUGCCAAGCACA